AACGCAACAGUUCCCGAAUUUAUAUGAAAAUGAAAGAAGCUGCUAUCCCAGAGACUGGACUCAUAUUGCUGUAAUAGGUUUUUAUUUCAUUCAUGCAUUGCAACUACGAGUUGCACCUCAGUGGAAGAAAGCAAUUUCAAUAUUUUCAAAGAGAAGAAUUUUGAGGCAAAAAUGUGAUCUUUUGAGACAGAGUCCCAUUUAUUUAUGUUUACUACUAUAAUAAUCAUAAACCUCAGAGGUUGCUGUGUCGCACACCAAAUGGCACCAGUUUGGUCCUCAUGCUCAAACCGUUUUGUUGUCGCAGCAACCAAACUCCAAUCUCACAUUUGUUUCACUGCCGCCAUUGCCAUUCAUCUCUAUCACUAUAGCACCUCUCCUCAACCAUAUCAACCGAACCCACAAAGCCCUUCGCCCAAAUUAGUGCCUUUACCACUCCACAAACAAAACCAAUCAAUACCCAUUUCAUUUUCUUCCCUAAACUACAAAGAAUCGAUCAUUUCUGCUAUAAAAUCUAUUUCCCGUAAGACCCAUUUGCUCCAAGUCCAUGCUCACAUUCUCACCACAACCCUCAUUCAAGACCCUGCAGUUUCUCAUUACUUCUUAUGCCGCGUAUCUCUCUCUGGCCCGUUGCAAUACCCUGGCUAUUCUCAGUGCUUCUUUGAGCAAAUCAGUUACCCUUUUGUUUCCCACUACAAUACCAUGAUUAGAGCUUAUUCCUUGAGCGACUCGCCUCAAAAGUCUCUUUUUUUAUAUCGUGAUAUGAGAAGAAGAGGCAUUGCUGCUAACCCUUUAACGUCUUCCUUUGUUGUUAAGUCUUGUAUUAGGUUUUUGUAUCUUCUUGGAGGGGUUCAGGUUCAUUGCAACAUCUUCAAAGACGGGCAUCAAUCAGAUACUCUUUUGCUUACUGCUCUCAUGGACCUGUAUUCACAAUGUCAGAAAUAUGAUGAUGCAUGUAAGGUGUUUGAUGAAAUGCUUCUUAGAGAUACUGUUUCUUGGAAUGUGAUGAUCUCUUGUUGUAUUCGAAAUAAUCGGACCCGGGACGCUUUGAGCUUGUUUGAUGUUAUGCAGAGUGAAAAUUAUAAAUGUGAGCCUGACGAUGUAACUUGUUUGCUUCUUCUUCAAGCGUGUGCUCGUUUGAAUGCCUUGGAAUUUGGUGAACAAAUUCAUAGGCAUAUUAUGGAACAUGGUUACGGGGGUGCUCUCAAUUUGUCUAAUUCUCUCAUAUCAAUGUAUUCGCGGUGUGGUUGUAUAGAUAAGGCUUAUGAGGUGUUUAUGGGAAUGAAGAAUAGAAGUGUUGUUUCAUGGAGUGCAAUGAUAUCUGGUUUGGCAGUGAAUGGGUAUGGGAGAGAAGCUAUUGAGGCAUUUGAAGAGAUGCAGAGAAAUGGCAUUCAGCCUGAUGAUCAUACAUUCACGGGCGUCCUUUCUGCUUGCAGUCAUUCUGGAUUAUUAGAUGAGGGGGUGUCGUUUUUUGACCGAAUGGUCUCAGAGUUUAGGAUAACACCAGCCAUCCACCAUUAUGGUUGCAUGGUUGAUCUCAUGGGUCGUGCUGGCUUACUUGAUAAGGCCUACCAGCUUAUCAUGUCGAUGGAGGCAAAGCCAGAUUCCACAGUGUGGAGAACCUUGCUCGGGGCAUGCAGAAUUCAUGGACAUGUUACACUUGGUGAACGAGUGAUUGAACAUUUGAUUGAAUUGAGAGCUCAAGAAGCUGGAGAUUAUGUUUUGCUUCUGAAUCUUUAUUCUUCAGCUGAACAAUGGGAAAAGGUUGCAGAAGUUAGAAAACUAAUGAGACAAAAAUCAAUCCAAACAACACCUGGUUGUUGCACAAUUGAGCUUAAAGGAGUUGUACAUGAGUUUGUUGUGGAUGAUAUUUCACAUUCAAGAAAGGUUGAAAUUUAUAACACACUGGAUGAGAUUAAUAAGCAACUGAGGAUAGCUGGUUAUGUUGUUGAACUUUCAUCUGAACUGCAUAAGAUGGAUGACAAAGGAAAAGGAUAUGCACUCUCUUAUCACAGUGAAAAACUGGCAAUUGCAUUCGGUGUUCUUGUCACUCCACCGGGCAUGGCAUUGAGAGUGGCCUCUAAUCUCCGCAUUUGUGUUGAUUGCCACAAUUUUCUGAAACUUUUUUCUGCAGUUUACAACCGGGAUGUAAUUCUCAGAGACCAUAAGCGGUUUCACCACUUCCGGCGAGGACAUUGCUCCUGUAGUGACUAUUGGUAGAUAUAUGAAGAGUGGUAAAAUGAUUUUGAAGAGCCACAAUAAAUGAGUGAGGGCUGGCUCACUAUACCACCUUGCUGCAGUUAGCCUGUGACUUAGGGCCAUAGCUUACUCUUGCUGAAUCUGGUAGAUAAAUCAAGCAACUUUUUUGGACUGCAUGAUAUUGAACAUUGGCCAAAUAAUGAAGGCCUAAAUGAGGAACAUGAAAAAGGGGUCAGAAAUAUCUCUGCAUCUAAGAAUUUUGGUGGUAGAAUUCUUUGAGAAAUUUUAUUUAUACUGAAUGACUAAUUUUGGGUUAGUACACAAAUAUUGAGCAAGUGUCAUUUGCCAAAAGACAGGGAAGGUUUGUCAUGUGGUACCCAAGAGGAUUUUGUUCCUCGUCUGCUUGUUUGGUUUAUAUCAAUAUCUCUAAAUGAUACUUAAUUUUUAGGGUAACGUUAACUUGUGCCCUUGGGGCACAAGUUAAGAGAUAAAUGAAGAAAUAAAUUCUUGAAAAUUGUGUAUUGAAUUUUUUAGAAAUUUAUACUCCCUCCGUUUUUUAUUA